AUGUUUGCGGCAGCCACUAAGAACUUUGUGAAGCAGGUGGGAGACACAGGGAGGCUGAUCCCCGUCCCCAGCCUGAGCGAGGCCGACCGCUACCAGCCGCUCAGCCUGGUGUCCAGGAAGAGGAAGAGGCAUUUCUGGAAGAAGAACAAGCACGCCUCCACCGCUUUCUCACUGAAAGACAUCCUGGUCGGGGAGAAAGAGAUCACAGCAGGAGUAUCUUCUUAUCAGCUCCUCAACUACGAGGAUAAAUCUGACGUCGCCCUCAACGGUCGGUUAGGAAACCACCUCCUCAACGAUGUUGGGUUCAACAUCAGCGGGUCGGACUCUGUGGCCGUCAAAGCCUCGUUCGGCAUCGUCACCAAACACGAGCUGGAGGUGCCCACGCUACUGCGAGAGCUCAACUCCAGGAAAGUGGACCUGGAUCACUGCCUGGUCCGGCAGUCUAAGGAGAGUGGACGCACCGCUCUCUGCGUCGUUGUGGAGAGCAUCCGGACCACCCGUCAGUGCUCUCUGACCGUGCACGCCGGCAUGAGAGGGACCACCAUGAGG